UAGAGGUACUAUGGAGUGGCUUUGGAUCGCCGUGGCAACGUGUGUGCUCGUGCCCCACACUGUCAAAGGUAACGACUGGUGGUGGGAGUAUGAGGAGGGGAUACGACACUACAGCAAGGAGGCCCUCAACAAGGAGUUUCCAGAGAAAACUCGACCAGCGAGCUUCAAGCAUCCUGUGUUCAAGUGUCCGGACAUGAGUCCUUCUCCCUCUGUGCCCUCCUCAGUUGAAUUUGUGAAGGCAGCAGAUAUCAAAGUCAUCGCUGCCUUGGGGGAUUCGCUGACAACGUCCAUAGGCGCCAACGCCACCACUGUCCUCGGGAUCCCCAUCGAGUUCCGCCACGUGUCGUGGAGUAUCGGUGGCUACGGCUCAUUUAAAGAUGUCAUUACUUUGGCAAAUAUCAUCAAGCUGUUUAAUCCCAACCUGGUGGGCGCAGCUCCCGGCAAGACGGUUCAUGGGAUGCAGGCUCAUAUCAGUGAAACAGGCUUCAACCUGGCUGUGACUGGACACAACACUUUUAACCUCCCCGGCCAGACGAGACAUUUGAUUGACACGCUGAGAGGAUAUGAGGGUCUGAACUUUGAGGAGGACUGGAAGCUUCUGACCAUUCUCAUGGGCAUGAAUGACAUUUGUGAUUAUUGCAAAGAUAAGGCUCUUUUCUCCGUGGAUAAUUUCAUUCACUAUAUAACCGUCUCCUUGGAGAUGCUGAUGAAUGAGGUUCCUCGUAUGAUCGUCAACGUUGCUCAGAUCCUGCCCAUGCAAACUCUGAGGGAGGUGCAGAAACCCACCCCGGGGUGUCUGCUCCAACGGUCGUUCUGUUCGUGCCUGAUAGAGCCAGAAGCCGGGUCUCCAGAACUACGGGAGCUGGUGGAGGUCAACCUGGAGUUCCAGAAAAGACUGGAGGAGCUGCUGCACAGCGACCGCUUCUUCAGGGACAACUUUGCCGUCGUUCUUCAGCCUUUUCUCAAACACGCUGACCCUCCUCGCCUCCCGAGCGGGAAGAUCGACAUGACCUUCUUCACUCACGACUGCUUCCACUUCACCAUAAAGGGACACGAGGAGCUGGCCAAGGGACUGUGGAACAACAUGUUUCAGCCUGAAGGAGGAAAGAUGAUUGUGAACAGUUUCUCUGACCCCAUCACGCUCAUCUGUCCACCGAUGGACCACCCAUACAUCUACACUCGACCCAUCGCAGCCAGGUCAGACCAGCCUCCUCUCCGGUCCGACGCUCCAUCAAAAGCAGCCAUCUUGCUGCUCUCGCUUUUUGUUGGACGUCUCGGCCUCGUGUAGCCUUCACUUUGCCGAGCUACUUUUACCAGCGCGUCUCUGCUGUACCGUCGAGGUGAUCCCCCUCAGUGGAUCACCUGCGAAGAGGAGAGAGCUACUCUGUGAAACUCUGCAUGUCUGUGGGCCCGAACACCAGAACAGAGAAGUGACUGCAGUUUGGAGAUCUGUAAUGUGAAUCAUGCAACGUAAAUAUUUAAUAUUUAGAGGCAGUUAGAGUGGGAGGUGGUGAAGAGUUUUACUCGUUGUUGUUGGUGAGCAGCUCUCUGGAGAAAGUUUUCUAUUCCUGCUUUUAAAUUUUCAUUUAUCACGACUACACCAAAUGGCUCAUCAGCUCACACACUUUAAAUUAUAAUGAUUUACUGUUGGUGUAUUUUUAAGAUGGUAAACUGGUAUGGGUUUAAGAAAAAGGGC